CAUAUACACUCUCCUCCUUCAUCUUCUUCUACAUCGUCAACGCAAAGUAGAAAAAUGGGAAGAGCCCUCUUUCUCUAUAUGGCAUGUGCCUGCGUCUUGGCGGGAAUGGCGUCGGCACGUGACUGGAACAUACUGAACCAGUUGAGGCUGACGAGCACCCAAAACGACGGCGUAUCGGCGUCGAACCUGAAGGGAUACUGCGAGGGGUGGAGGGCGAACGUGGAGGUCCACAACGUCAGGGACUUCAAGGUGGUGCCGCAGGAGUGCGUGGCGCACGUGAGGAAGUACAUGACGUCGUCUCAGUACGAGGAUGACGUGGAGAGGGCGGUGAAUGAGGUCAUCCUCUACGUCGGUAGCUCGUGCUGCGGCAAGAAACAGUGCGAUGGGAUGGACGCUUGGAUCUUUGACAUUGACGACACUCUUCUCUCCACCAUUCCUUACCACAAGAAGAACGGCUUCUUCGGAGGGGAGGUGUUGAACACGACAAAGCUGGAGGAGUGGAUGAGGAAGAGCAAAGCACCAGCAGUGCCACACAUGAAGAGGUUGUACCAUGAGAUAAGGGAGAAAGGCUUCAAGAUCUUCUUGGUAUCUUCCAGGAGAGAGAGCCUGAGAUCUGCCACUGUCGACAAUCUCAUCCAAGAAGGCUACCAUGGCUGGUCCAACCUCCUCCUCAGGGGAGUGGAAGAUGAGAAGAAGCAAGUGGGGCAGUACAAAGCAGGGGUGAGGAAAUGGCUGGAGAGCCAAGGCUACAGAGUAUGGGGAGUGAUGGGUGAUCAAUGGAACAGCUUUUCAGGUUGUCCUUCUCCCAAGAGGACUUUCAAGCUCCCCAACUCCAUCUACUAUGUCGCCUGAAUCCACACACCCAAAGAAAACAUAACAAGAACUGUUUGAUUCUUGUUGUUGCAAGUUAAGUACUGUUUCGGACCUUAUUUUUUUAUGUGUGGGGUUUUGGGCCUUUUAUAAAUAAGGAAAGAAAUUCUGCUUUUGCUCUCUCUCCCCAGUUACCUUUCUUGAAUCUAAACCGGUUUCAAAUUGAACCGGAAUCAUAUGAACUCCACCAGAGAAUCUUGUCUGAA